AUGGCUGCUCAACAGUCUAUCUCUGGCCACCGCGAGCCAUACGAGCCUCCCAUGGCAGCCAUUUCGUACAUCAAAAACCGGUAUCCAAGCCCUCCAAACAGACUAGGGAAGAACUUUGGAGGCCUCCAAUCUGAGGGCAAGGCCAAUGAUUCUGCGGUGUAUCCGCCUGUCCCGAUACUUAUACUGUCGCCCCCGUCCAGUCUACCUUUGUCGCGGUCGUCCACAGAAACAAACAUCGAAGCAGCCGCUUCAUCCUAUGCAGAACCCAGUAAUACGAACGAGGACAGGCCGGGGCUCAUUAGUGGACUGACGAGAAACGACGAGCAAAGGGCUGUGAUCCUGAACCAGUUCCAGGUGGAUCGCAUGCUCAAGGAGUUCGUGGAACACAACGACUGCGAACUUCUGAGAAGCCCCACGGAGCUUUAUUGGCUCCCUAUCAGGGGAAUAGAUAAGCAUCUCCGGCUGGUCGAUGCCACCGAGUUGCUCCGGAGACUGGAGGUACUCCGGGAUUAUCGUCUUCCAUGGGCCAAGUCGCUCGUGGAUUGCGAUGAGAGUGUCGUCGUGAGUAUCGACACUCCGACGAGCGGGUGCCCGAAACCAUGGUCGGAUAUCAGGCGCAUGGCGAUUGCCGGCCUCCUUGAACAAUACCCGCCAGAGGACAUGGCCGGACUCCUGGGCGGGAUCCGGCGUCAUCUAUAUCGGGGGCAGCAUUCCAAGCUGCAGUACCAACCCGUAUGGAAGGACGCACAACCCGUCCUCGAGCAGACGGAGACGACGAGACCCGUCCGUUCAAAGAAGGAGCCCGCCAGCGACAACCCUGGCAAAAUAACGAUCAAGAUCUCCGCGCGUGCCCUCGCCAUAUCCGACAAGAAGCAGCGUGCGUCAACGGCAUGCUCUUCUUCCCAGAACGGCACGUCCUCUGAAGCAACCUCAGAGGAAGAUGCCUCGGUCGCCCGCCCGCCAGAACCACGAAUUGGGACCACUUUGGAGUCCCGUGCCACGAAGCGCAAAGCCUCUAGAGCCUUGGAGGACGAUGUCCCGGUCGCCAGCCCGCCCCAAAAGCAGGCCAGGGUGACCGGGGAAUCCAGCGCCACAAAGCGCCACAGGACCCGAGACGGGUCGACCACCAGGGUGAUCAGCCCCAGCGAGCGCUUUGGCCUGGCCAUCAAGAAGUUCUUCGCGGCUCGGUCCCCAGCCAAAGACGACUUCGGCCACUUCAAAGGGGCCAUUAUGCCGGCGGGGGGGCCCGACGCCAAUCUAGCUCCCCUCGAUGAGACGACGCAUCCAGACUUCCAGGCCUCGCUCGACAAACAGAGCCCCCGCGGCAAGCUGGGUGAUACGGCGGACCUGCACGAGUCCGAAGUCCGCCUGUGCCAGCUCCUCGACAUGCCCGCCGCGCAGUACAAAUGCCAGAAGGCGCGCUCGUUCGUCGGCCUGGCCAUGUGGAUCGAGUACAACGAACAGCGGCGCCAGACCGAGGCAGCGCCACCGGCCAGGAUGCAGGCGUUCAACAAGACGCAAUUGCAACAGUGUUGCAAUGUGGACGUCAACAAGGCGUCGCGGCUGUGGAUCGCCUUCAAGGCGUGGGGCUGGCUCGGGGACGAAGAGAUGGUCAAGUCGGUGCCGAGCGGUCUGGAUCAGAUGUUUCCGCGAGAGUAUCGGCUCGGCUGGGUGCGGGAGAUGCAGAAGUUCGAGAGGGAGAAGGUGCCCGAGGCCGACCGGAGUAAGUGUGUAGACUGGGACCUGGGAGCUUGA